AUGAGCCUGGUGCGUACCUCGCUUGCUCACCGAGUGAGGAAUUGCUCUGAAUUGUGGGCUGUAGCUGCUUCACCAAAAGCGCCGUCCGAUGAAGAGAUCGCUGAGGAGAUAAUCCACGAGAAGGCGGAAGAAGCAGAAGAAACUCUCGAAGAAUCAGAUAAGGAAGCCGCUUUUGACCCUGUCACGGGAGAGAUCAACUGGGACUGCCCCUGCCUCGGCGGGAUGGCACACGGUCCCUGUGGGCAGCAGUUCCGCGACGCCUUCUCCUGCUUUGUGUACAGUAACGAGGAGCCGAAGGGGAUCAACUGUGUUGAAAAGUUCAGGGCGAUGCAGGAUUGUUUUAGGGAGCAUCCAGAUGUGUAUGGCGAAGAGAUCAUGGGUGACGACGACGAACGAGAGGAUGCCGAUGCACCCGCCCCUGCGCUCGCCGCCUCUGACGUUUCAUCUGAAACACCUGCAACGAUCCUCACCGAUCCCCGGGUCGUAACGGUAGACGAGCUGUCCGCCACGGACGUUCCCCCGUUACCGAAUGCUCACCCGCCUGCGAGCUCACCCGUGCUGCAAACCGACAGCAGGACAACGGGCAGACGAUUCUGA